AUGGCUGAUAGAUAUUUGAAAUAUCUUUCGAUAAAGUCAAUUAUUAUUAUUGGAUUUUUAAUUGAUAAAAUCUUGGCUCAGUCUAUCUGUCCAACGGCUGUUUGGGCAUUGAAUGGGACGACAAUGGCUGGUUCAUCAACAGGAACAGCUGGCACCACAUUGAUAAAACUUGAUACUCCAGUUGCUGUUAUUGUCGACAACAACAGUAAUUUUUAUGUGGCUGAUAGUGGAAAUUAUCGUGUGUUAUUAUUUCCAUCAAAUUCAACUAUAGGUAAAACGAUAAUUAACGGCAGCUCCGGUACUGGACUUAAUCAAUUCAUGGAGAUCGAUGAGAUGCAUACAGAUGCCAAUGGUAAUAUCUAUAUACUGGAUGGGGUCUUGUCACGUGUAACAAAAUGGACACCAGGAUCUACAAGUGGAAUUCUUGUAGCCGGUGGUGGUCCUUUCAUUGAUUAUUAUGAUGGACAUGUGGAUAGCAUGAGUGGACCUGUUGGAAUGUUUGUUGACCCUCAAGCAUUGUUUAUUUGGAUUGCUGAUUCAGACAAUGAUAGAAUUGUCAAAUGGGUAAAUUCAACUACAGCACUAACAGUCUGUGGUAGUUACGGUACAAACUCUGAUCAAUUUUUUUAUCCAUCAGCAUUAUUUGUCGAUACAGCUGCUGGAAAUACACUUUAUGUGGUAGAUUGUGGAAACCAGAGGAUACAGAUGUGGCUUCCAGGCGCAACUAGUGGACUAACGGUGGCUGGAAUAACAAGUUACUAUGGUACUAGACUCGAUCAGCUGUGGUACCCAUCAGCAAUAGUUGUCGAUAGUAACCAGAAUAUGUUUAUUGUGGACACGGGCAACUCGAGAAUUCUAAAAUGGAAAGUAGGUGCAAGUUCUGCAGUGAACAUAGCUGGAACUAAUCCAGACGGAGGAACAUUGUCAAAUCAACUUAACAAUCCAGGUAGUAUUAGCUUCAGUUCGAAUGGAUCACUUUUUGUUGCUGAUACUUCUAAUAAUCGCAUACAAAGAUUUAUUAUUUCUUGUCCGAUAAACAUAUCAACUACAACUGCUGCAUCAGUAGUAACUACAACAAUACCUAUUUUGACUUCAAAUUGUGCAAUGACUAUUUGGGCAUUGAAUGCAACAACAAUUGCUGGUUCACCUAUAGGUCUUUCAGAUCUCACUUCAACAUUGUUGACUACUCCUGAAGGCGUCUGGAUUGGUAGCAAUGAUUCGAUGUAUGUUAUAGAUUGCGACACAUACUGUCGUGUGCAAAUUUUUUAUCCUGGUAAUUUGGAAGGGAUAACAAUCAUUAAUGGCACCGCUGGUACCGAUCUCAAUCAGUUCAAUGGCAUGGAUGGUAUAAAUGUGGAUGUGAGUGGUAAUAUCUAUAUACUUGAUAGCUAUAACGCUCGUAUUACAAAAUGGGUCCCAGGAGCAUCGACGGGUAUACUUGUAGCCGGUGGGAACGGAUUGGGCACUUCACUCAAGGCACUAAAUUCUCCUUCCGAUUUUUUCGUUGAACCAAAUACAUCCUAUAUUUGGAUAGCUGAUACAUCCAAUAAUCGAAUUGUAAAAUGGAUGAAUGCAUCAAUUGGAGUACUUGUUGCAGGAGGUACUCGUGGUACAAAAGCUAGUCAAUUUGAUGGUCCAAGCGGAUUAUUCGUUGAUACAUCUGCUUCGAAUACACUUUAUGUAGCAGACACAAAUAAUCACCGAAUCCAAAAAUGGCUUUAUGGAGCGAGCAAUGGAACAACACUGGCCGGAAAAACAAGUAUGCCUGGUACUGGACUAAACCAGCUUAACUCUCCACAGGCUUUGGUUGUAGACAUGAGUGGAUCAAUGUAUAUCGUUGAUUUGGGAAAUAAUCGAAUCGUUUUAUGGUCAUUAGGAUCUACAUCGGGUAUACUCAUUGCUGGUUCAAAUACUUACGGAGUAUUGCCAUCUCAACUAUAUGCACCUUAUAAUAUCAGACUUGAUUCAACUGGAGCUCUUAUUGUCGUUGAUUACGGCAACAAUCGUAUUCAAAGAUUUCCUGUUCUUUGCUCGCCGAAUAUAACGGCAUCAUCAGCAACAUCAAUAUUAACCAAUGCAACGUCAAGUGCUGUUACAUUACAAAAUACAACAAUGGCUGUUCCACUUACUACCAAUAUUCCAACAGCAUCAGCAAGUAAGUAG